UAAACACAAGGUUUGACAUAUAUGGUCCGCCGUAGGUAAAUAAAAUUGAUCAUCAGAGAAGGAACUAGGACUUCAACAACUGGUGGCGGUUUACGACGUUAUAAAGAAAACGUUCUUAACCCACUGCAAUGUCGGACUUGACUCCAGCAGCAGUUCUCGGCACCCUGGCAGCAGGUGCCCUGAUCAAACACCUGAGCGCUGCUUACAUCGCAAAGAAAGACUUUGUUCGUGUCGGUCGGAUCUCCGAGCUGUACGUCUGGCCCGUAAAGUCGUGUGGGGGGCUGAAAGUACAGGCGGGCCAGUGUGAGAAGACGGGGCUCUUCCAUGGAGGUGUGGGUGACAGGACGUGGGUCAUUGUGUCACCAGAGGGCGGUUAUGUCACCCAGAGACAGGAGCCCAAGAUGGCGCUCAUCAAGGUCCGUCUCCAAGGCAAUAGUCUCAGUUUAGAUGCCCCUGGAAUGCCAACAUUACAACUUCCGACUAAACCCCAGACAGACAAGUCACAAGUCGGCAAUGUCACGAUUAAGGUAGACACCACAGAGUACCUAGACUGCGGGGAGAAGGCUGCAGCCUGGGUGAACAAAUACUUGGGACGGCAGGGGUUAAAGAUCGGAUUCUCUGCGCCGGAUCUUUCCAAACGUGAUGCUAUCACUGCACAAAAACUGUGGGACCAUAAUGCAAAGAAAGGCGACCUUCUGUCUUUCUCCGACUACUCCAGCUACAUGCUGAUGACGGCCCAGUCCAUGAAUGUUCUCAACAGUAAACUGGAGAAACCUGUCUACAUCCUUAACUUUAGACCCAACUUCGUCGUGGACGGCUGUGAAGCAUUCGAUGAGGAAAAUUGGAGCGAAGUGAAGAUUGGCAAUGUGCAAUUCAGGAAUAUUGAUGACUGCACAAGGUGUCUUUUGACGACGGUGGACCCUUACACAGGAGUAAAAUCCAAGGAAGAGGAGCCCAUUAAAACCCUACGAACGUUCCGGUGUCGGUCAAAGUAUGGACCCAAGCCUGUGAUGGGGAUCUGCCUGGCCCCCGAUUCCCUCGGUGACGUCAGCGUCGGGGACCCCGUCUACGUCAAAUACAAGUGACCAUCCCUCCGUCCACGAUAUCAUUAUACUGUAGCAAACGGCAAUUAAUCUUAACAUAUGUACAUGUGUAUACGGUUUUGUUUAUGAAGUAUCAAUGUUAUGAUGUUUUGUACAUACAUGUAGUUGCUCGUUAUAUUUUUUUUUGGGGGGGGGGGGGGGGUAAUGCCAUUU